AUGGUUUCCACUCAUGACAAAGAGAAGCCUUGGGAUACUGAUGAUAUUGAUAAAUGGAAGAUAGAGGAGUUUAAGCCUGAGCACAACGCUUCAGGACUUCCUUUUAGUGAAGAGUCAAGCUUCAUGACUUUAUUUCCAAAAUAUAGAGAAACUUAUCUAAAGUCUAUCUGGAAUGACGUUACCAGAGCUCUUGAUAAGCAUAAUAUUGCAUGUGAACUAAAUUUGGUGGAGGGUUCCAUUACCGUGAAAACCUCGAGAAAAACGUAUGAUCCUGCUAUUAUUUUAAAAGCUCGUGAUUUAAUAAAGUUGCUUGCCCGUUCAGUGCCAUUUCCACAAGCUGUUAAAAUCUUGCAAGAUGAUGUAGCAUGUGAUAUUAUUAAGAUUGGCAACAUUGUUUCAAGCAAAGAGCGUUUUGUGAAGAGAAGACAACGUCUGGUUGGACCUGACGGUAAUACUUUGAAGGCAUUAGAGCUCCUGACCAAAUGUUACAUACUGGUCCAAGGUAAUACGGUGAGUGCUAUGGGGCCAUACAAAGGUUUGAAAGAGGUGCGCCGUGUUGUAGAAGACUGUAUGAAGAAUAUUCACCCCAUUUAUCAUAUUAAAGAACUCAUGAUCAAGCGAGAGUUGGCUAAGCGUCCGGAAUUAGCUGAAGAAGACUGGUCUAGGUUUUUGCCUAUGUUUAAGAAGAGGAAUGUUGCUCGUAAAGCUCCUAAGAAGAUUAAGGAAAAGAAGGUCUACACUCCAUUCCCACCUGCCCAAUUGCCUAGAAAGGUUGAUUUGGAAAUUGAGAGUGGUGAAUAUUUCCUCAACAAAAAGGAGAAGGCUAUUAAGAAGCUCGAAGAGCGUUCUAUUAAACAGGCCGAGAAGCAAGCUGAAAAGGCUAAGACGAGAGCUAAGGAUUAUAUCGCUCCUGCAGAGAAAGACUAUCGAAGAAGUAAUGAAACGAACAAGCGAGUUUCAGAUGCGUUGGAUGUAGACGAGAAGAAAAAGAGUAAAAAGCAUAAGGAAAAUAAAUGA